AUGAGACUGAUGAAAGCAAAGAUAUUUAAAAAAAAACUUUGUAGUAAGAGCUUAUCUAAGCAAAAACCUAAUAAAAAUGUUAAAAAGAAAGCUAAGAAACAAAAGAAGUGUUUUGAUUAUGACGAAGAAUCUGAAAGUGAAUUAGAUAUUAGUUUUGCUGAAUUUUCCGGUUCUGCUGAACUUUCUCAUGAAGAUUUUGAUACAUAUCGUGAAAACUUUUUAGCGGAAAUAAAAAGUGAUGAUAACUUUCUCGAAGAUUUGUUGCCAGCCACAACAGAAGAAAAAGAAAAUGACAAAUCUUACGUAAAUAAUGAUGUAGACACUACAAAUAUUGAACAAUUUGAACCGAAUUUAAACAAAAAGAACCUAGAAGUUAGUGAUUGGAUACCAGUAAGAUUCACAACAAAAAAGUCUGUGAAGUAUUUUGUGGGGACCAUCAUUUCUAUUAAUGACAAUAACAUUCCUAACGUCAAAUUUUUAAGACAAAUAAAAAAUAGUAAAUUUGUUUCCUUUCAUUAUCCAGACGUGUAG